UUUACCUGCAGAUUUCCUAGUCUUUGUCAACUUCUGUCUCGUUCCGGAACCCUAGCUUGUGAAAACAUCAGUAACAACAUCAUAGUUUUUUUCGCGAUAAUCACCUUGUUAUUUUGAGAGAAAGAUCAUAGAGGAAGGCUUUGCCGUUGCUACUAUCAUUCGUUUUGCUUGGAUUCAAGUUCAACAUCACUGCCGCUUAAAAACAAGAUGGAAGAGUCUAAAGGAAGAAUUCAGUAUGGCUACCAAAGGAAACGGUAUGGAAGAGAUGAUGCCACCAAUAUAGACAUGGGAAUCAGAGUUGAUGCCUCUGAUAGGAUCUCUCGACUGCCUGAUCACGUUCUGCACCACAUCCUCUCCUACCUCUCAAUUAGAGCUGUGGUUCGUUUCAGUGUCUUGUCCAAAACAUGGCACCGAAUCUCGACAUCGUUCCCAGUUUCUGAUUUUUCAGAAGACGUGCUCCGUCUUAGCAAGCGUUAUGAAAUCCAAGAUUGGAAAAAUAAAUUCAUUGACUUUGUGCAAGAUUCUUUGCUUGCACAACACCACCACAACACAAGAUCACACAAGUUCAGACUAUCUAUGGACCUGGAUUCUUAUGAUCCUCAACUUACUUCUCGUGCUGACCACUUGUUGGAACUGGCUACUAAGUGUGGUGUUUACGAGUUUGAUCUCAACUUCCAAAAUAUAUCUCAUUAUUGUUUGCCCCAAGCCCUCCUCUCUGCCGAAGAAAUAACUGUCCUUAGGUUAAACGGAAAUUAUAAGCUCUCCCUCCCUCGUCAUGCCAUAAACUGGCCCUCUCUACGUGUUCUUUCUCUGAUGAAUGUUCGUGUUGAUGAGGCCAUUCUUCAGAAUCUCAUCUGCGGUUGCCCUCUGAUUGAAAAACUUGCUUUAGUUUAUUGUUAUGGUGUCAAAAGCGUUCUUAUUUCAGGAUGUAUAAAACUCAAGGAGGUUGAGGUGAAUGAAGGCGACAGUGUUCUUGAAAGAAUUGAGAUUCAUGUACCAAGUCUCCGAAAAUUUUGCUACAUAACUGGUUUGGUUAAAAGUUUCUUCCACAUCGACAUGACUGGUUGCAGGAAUCUGGAGGUACUAAAGUUAAAGUUUUAUAACAUAACAGAAGUAAUUGGACAAGUAUUUCAGGAUCUUAUUGCUCAAUUUCCUGCCCUUAAAGUCUUGGCCUUGAAUUGUUAUGCUACUUCAUUUAGUAGGAUCAAAAUUUCGAAUCCACAGCUCGAGAAGUUACAACUAUGGUCAUCAGCUCUAACUAAAGUCACCAUCACCAGUCCAAGCUUACAUGCAUUCAAACAUUUUUCCUAUGGAUUUCCAUCUGCGUUUUCACUCGACCAAUCAAGUCUACAGAAAGCUACCAUUCACGUUCACAAAGGCGCUCUCUAUUCUUCUGAUUUCCUCCGACUUAGGGAAUAUCUUGGAAAUUUCAACCAAAUCAGACGUCUCACAUUGCGCAUAAACUAUGUAGGCAUCAGAUUUAUCCCUGAAACAUUAAAUAAUAUCUCCAUUCCAGCUUUGCCUGAUAUCAAGCACUUGAAGCUCAAAAUCUGUCCAUCUACUGGAGCUAGUGGGAGUCUUGCCAACCUGAAAGAUUACAGAGAUAUUGUUGAUGGCUUACUUUGGGUUUGCCAUCCAGAGACUAUACUGCUUAUUUCAGGCUGGAGUUCUGAAAAUGUAUUUAUCCAGAUUCUUUGCGAAAAACUAAUGCAAGGAGGAGAAAAACAUUGUUGCACAUCUUCCCAUAUCAAAUGCUGGCGGCAUGACUUAAAAGACAUUCAAAUCGAGCACUUGCAACGAAAUGCAGAGGCAAAGGCUUUUACAUGUGGUACUUUGUUAGAAUCACUACCAAAUCUUGCUCGAGGGCAAAAGAUUAGAUUCAUUUUCAAUUGGUGAUUCAUUUUAUCCAUGAAGGACAAGGUAGUGUAUAUUUAUUUUAAUUAUUCUGGCAAUAUUUACGUUGAGCCUAGACAAAGACAUAGACAUCUAUGAGUGGUAAGUUCAUGACAUCUUUGCUUGUUUUUGUAAUUGUAUCUGGAAUUUCCUCAAUUAUGGAUUAAUCCUUUUCAAUCA